AUGCAGCCGGCGGUGGCCUCGGAGCGCGGCGGGGCCGGACUGGGAUCACGUCUCGGCUCCCGGGUCGUCUCCUCCUCCUCCUCCUCCUCGCCUGCUCCGCGCGUCCCGGGGCCGCCGCGCGCCAUGCGCCUCCAGGGCCCCGCCACCGGUUCCCCGCAGCGGCUCCUCGGCCUCCUGCUGCUCCUGCUGCUGCAGCUGCAGGCGCCGUCGAGCGCCUCCGAGACCCCCAAGGGGAAGCAAAAGGCUGUGCUCCGGCAGAGGGAGGUGGUGGACCUGUAUAAUGGCAUGUGCUUACAAGGGCCCGCGGGGGUGCCUGGGCGAGAUGGGAGCCCUGGGACCAAUGGCAUCCCUGGCACCCCUGGGGUCCCAGGUCGAGAUGGAUCCAAAGGAGAAAAGGGGGAAUGCCUGAGGGAAGUCUUUGAGGAGCCGUGGACGCCUAACUAUAAGCAGUGUUCGUGGAGUUCACUGAAUUAUGGCAUAGACCUUGGAAAAAUUGCGGAGUGUACAUUCACAAAGAUGCGUUCGAACAGCGCCCUAAGAGUCUUGUUCAGUGGCUCGCUUCGGUUAAAAUGCAGAAGCGCAUGCUGUCAGCGUUGGUAUUUCACGUUCAAUGGAGCUGAAUGUUCAGGACCUCUUCCUAUUGAAGCCAUAAUUUAUUUGGACCAAGGAAGCCCUGAACUGAAUUCGACAAUUAAUAUUCAUCGCACUUCUUCUGUGGAAGGACUCUGUGAAGGAAUUGGUGCCGGACUAGUGGACAUUGCUAUCUGGGUUGGAACUUGCUCAGAUUACCCAAAAGGAGAUGCCUCUACGGGGUGGAAUUCAGUGUCUCGUAUCAUUAUUGAAGAGCUACCAAAAUAAAUCCUUUCAUUUUUGUUCCCUACCUCUCUUGUAUUAUACCUUUGAAUGGUUCAUUUUUGUGACCCCUUAUAUAAUUUUUAUGUGUACAUCUGAAUGAAAAAACAAAAUUAAAUGUGUUUACAGACCAAAGUGUGAUUUCACACUGUUUUUAGAUCCAGUAUUCAUUUUCCUUCCAUCAAAACUGGUUUUGGGAUUUUGUAGAAGAUUAAAAUACUUUCU